UGUACUCGUUCACACGGGAGAUGACAACAAUGUUAAGUAUCUCAAGGCCAAGCUUCCACAGGAAGAUAAACAUUCCCAGGCCCUGACAAACAAUACCUUGUGCACCUGGACCAUCACUGUCUGGUCGCUCCUAUCUUCUCGUCAAACCAGAGUAAAGGAUUCAGCCGCAGCCUCCAACCGUCGCAAGUCUACAUGAUUUAAAAGCAGUUGAUCCAUAGAUUGAUCAUUUGGCUCAUACAACAUGUCCUUUACGUUCAUUGUCAUGACUGUGCUUCUGGGCUCUCCAAUGGCGAUUGCCUUCAUCUUGCAGCCAUCCAAGGAAGAACCUGUAAACUCUCCAAACAAUCACAGGUGCCAGGUUGAGUCACUGCAGUCCAUCAGGAAGGUUCUCCUCAGGGCUCUCAACUUGCAGGUUGAGCCACAGCUACCAGCUAGUGGGCUGGAUAGAUUUAGAGAGCAAUGGUCAGGAAACUUCAUCGACGCUGAUCGCAAAGCCAAGGACACUGCAGUUCCAGCAGUCUCUGGCUACUCCGCGUCACCUGAUGGUGGAAACAGUACGAGCCUCAAGUGCUGUUCCAUGGCCUCUGAGAUCCCCAUGAAAGAUCUGGGAUGGGACACCUGGAUGAUCCACCCUGUCAGCCUGACUGUCGUUCAGUGUGCACUCUGCAACCCAGAAGUAAACACAGUGCAGUGUGUGCAGAAUCCUGACGCACAGGUGACAUGUUGUCAGCCCACCUCCCAGAAAAUGGUGCCUGUCCUCUACAUGGAUGAAUUGGCCACACUCACCAUUUCCUCCAUGCAGCUGACCAACAGCUGCGGCUGUGGAUACGGCAACAUCCAGCAGCCCAGCGAAGAGUAAAGUUUGUUUUAUAUAUAUAUAUAAAUACAUUAUAUAAAGAUCUGUUGUCUCUCACCAACAUAAAACUGAUCAGUUGUUAUUUCAGUGGUAAAACUGAUGAGUUUAUUGAGCUCAAUCACACAUUACUGAUCUUAACUUUCAAUCUACAUUUAUGUAUUAUUAUUAUUAAGCCUAAAAAUAAGCAAUAAAAAGUGAAUUUCUGUCAACAAAUUUGAGUAUUUCUCUCACACCAAGAGCUGAAGAGGGCUGGACAUGAGAUGCAGCUGGCUCGUGAUACAUGCUGCGAGUUUAUCUUUAAAUAAAUCUCUUGAGUACAGAGCCCUAUUUAAAGCUGCUAACCGUUACUGAGUGUUCCCUCCAAAAAUGUGAGACUGUCGAAAGCCAAAUCCUCUCACUGGCCAGUUAUCUCUUGUCUGACCUGCAGAACAACUGGGCAAGAAGUCAAUUUAAUUUCAAAACUGAGGUCAAAUAAAAUACAUAAUUCUUGAAGUGCAAUUGUAAAUUAAGUUUAAGCUUGCCAUUGUGAGGGUUAAGCAUUUCUUGCAGGCGGAGUAAUAGGAGAAGAUUAUGUUCACCAGCAUAAACUCCCUACAUCUAAAACUUGUUAAAGUAUCAGUUUCCCCUGGGUCUGAAUAACAUCUGUGCUGUGUUUUUCCACCAAGGUCCACUGGCCGUGCUCUGUUUUUAUGUUUCAACUUGUAGAUAUAGAUAAGAAAAAGAGGACAAUGCUGCCCUGCAAACUCGGGGCAGGGCAUGCAAUACUGGACAAUAAAACUGCUUAUUGUUUAUAUGAAAGACACAAAAUCUGUUAAAAAUAAAUAAAUAAGUGAAAUUAAUUGUAACAAGGUGUGACAAAAAAAAGUAAAAAAAAAAAAUCAUAGUACUUUCUGUUGGCAUACUUUGUAUUUGUCUCACAUUUUAUUUCUUUACUGUGGUGUGUUACUUUGACUACUUUGAAAUUAUUUGAUUAAAUAUCUAAUUAGAAACAUCAAAGCCUGGUAGACAAAAUAUAAUCCAAAUGAAAUAGCAUAUUUAAGUAAUCCAAAUGACUUAAUCAUGCAUGGAUCCAAAACAUUUUGUUUGAUUUACAUAAUGUGUGCUUUUAUAUCCAUGUUUAACAGCAGAUCGUUUGUAUUUUUUUGCUUUUGUGUCUUUAACCAUUAACAUGAUUGGUUACAGUGGUGUUUUUUUAAGGUUUUUUUUAUUGCUUUAACAUAUAUUUUGUCACCUUUUUGUUAUGUGCUCUCACUUAAAAUUACUUCACUGUUAAUUUUUUUCAGAUACCUUUCAAAUGGGAUGAGUUUAUAUCACCUCAUUUUACAUUUGGACCAGAUGCAAAAUGUCUCAUUGUGCUUAUGACCCUGAUAUAACACCCUAAUCAUUUGUACUGAUUGUGACUGAUUUCUUGCACACGGUUAUCUGAAUAAAGAUGAUUUAUCAACAUUUUUUUUGCUUUCAUUAGUUUUUCCUGGCAAUGUUUAUUUUAUACCAAAAUUAGUAUGAUUCUUUCAAAAGAGCAUUGUUUUCUUUUAUAUGUCUGCCAGACUGUUACAUGAUAAGAGGGAGGACCAGAGGAAGGGGGGUUUAGUUGGUGUGCAUCCACACAGUUGGUGUGCAUCCACACUCAGGGUGAUUAUAAAACCUGGCUGCAGUCGAAUCUUACUUUUUGAUUCUCAAGUUGUGCAUGCAAGACACUGAUCCCAGAGUUCAACAAGAACAAUUCUGCAAAAGGACAACGAGAUCUGGCUAUAGAUCAACACAACCAACAUUGUUAUCGUUUAUUAGUACUGGACAGAAUGUCAAGAUAUUUCACUGUGUGGGUCUCUUUUGGCAUACUCUCCCCCCUUCUGCUGGCUGUAGGGGCAAUUGAGUGUUUAGAGAGGGAAACAUUGCUGAGACGGAUCCCCAGCACUGUGACACAAGUAACGGAGUGUUUGAUGGAGUGCACUGGGAUGACCUACAUCAAAAAACUGCAACUUCAGGACAAUCAUAAUAUAAGAUUCCAAGAUUCCUCAGAAGGAGACCUCGGAGAAUACUGUUGGUCUACAGAGCUCAAGUGCACCAUUGGAGAGAGCUUUCAUCUUGCCUACGUGGUGUUGCCUGUGGAUAUAUCUUCAGUUAGACAUGAGAUGCUGGAAGUCAAAACCACUGCCACCACGCUGCAUGGACACAACAGCCCCACCACAAUCACAGAGAGCUGUGGCCUCCGUUACGACGUCACACAGCACUUCAGGAGCACAGUGGAGACAGGGACUUCAUUCUGCAUACAAGUGGUCACUGAAGAACAUGUCCUGGGGGACAAUGUUCUUAAAUGUCCUCCAUUUCUGGUCACUUUCUGGCAAAGAAGUCCAAAACAGUCCAACCAAGGAGGGGGCGGAUAAAGAUCUCAAUUACUAAUACUCAAGUAUUAAUACUAAGUUGUAAAAUUACUCCAUUAGAAGUCAUGCAUUGAUAGUAAAAGUCUUGUACUUUGACUAUUACAUAUUACAUUAUUAGAUUAUUAUUACUUCUGCAUUCAUGUAAAAGUAUGAUUUUCUGCUGUAGUCGGUUGAGGUGGAGCUAGUUUUUAACUAUUUUGCAUAGGAUUGCACUAAUGAUUCUUUUUUAUUAUGGAUUAAUCUGCUGAUUAUUUUCUUGAUUACCAAUUGUUUGUUUGGUUUGUGAAAAAUCUGAAAAUAGUGAGAAAUGCCACUAGUCAGUUCAACUUCACAAUGCAUGUUUUGUCCAACCAAAUAGAUGUAAAAAAAAAAAUGUAGUCAAGUAAAAAAGUACAUUUUUUGCACUGCGGUGGGAUAGAAGUAUAAAGUAUGUUUAGCAGGAAAUAGAAAUACACAUACCUUAAAUUUGUGCUCAAGUACAAAAAAAAAAAGUUCUGUUCUGUAUUGGCUUUCAUAUGUAACUCUAUUACCAGAGUGAACAGACAAUGACUUUCUUUGCACUGUGGGAAGACGUCAGAGCACGCAGAGAGAACUUACACAGACAUGGGGAAAGCAGAACCUUCUUGUUGUGAGGCCACAGUGCUAACCACUGCAUCACCGUGUGGCCAACUCUGCAGCCAUUUGCGUGAGUGAUUGUCUAUUCUUCUGUUUGGUUUUGUAUCUGGACUCUCUUCUAACAAUUGACAAAAGCCUAUUUACUCACAUACACAUUUAAACUUAUAUAUUCAUGUUGAUUUAGACUCUCUCAGCUUUUAUUGCCAAACUAGUGGCUUAAGUGGAGUGGAGUCUCUGCACUUAUGUUAGAAAUGACCAAUUAUUAACAUACUAAGGUAAAUACUUACUACAGUAUAUAGUGAACAUUAAUUCCUCAUGAUAUAACAUGAUUUUGUACUUAGAAUAAAUCAUAAUCUAUGUUCAGGCUUUAUGUAACGUUUGUUUCUUGUAGUUGUGAAUGUAUUUGAGCAUAAAAAGGCGAUGUGAAUCACAUGUACGUGUCCAACACUGAGAGAUGCUUAUUAGAAAAUCCUGCUGGAUUUAUUUGAAGGCAACCAGAGUAAUGCAAAAGCUCACAGUUAAAUGAAGAAUGUAAAUAUGAGAUGGUAAUGAUUAUAAGUGUUUAAAGCAAUAAUAAAACAUUAUAUUUUC